AUGAGUCCUGCAGAUGCUCUCGAUGAUGAAAAUACAUUUAAAAUCUUAGUUGCAACAGAUAUUCAUCUGGGAUUUAUGGAAAAAGAUGCUGUCAGAGGAAAUGAUACGUUUGUAACACUUGAUGAAAUUUUAAGACUUGCCCAGGAAAAUGAUGUGGAUUUCAUUUUGUUAGGGGGUGAUCUUUUUCAUGAAAAUAAACCCUCAAGAAAAACAGUACAUAACUGCCUCGAGUUAUUAAGAAAAUAUUGCAUGGGGGAUCGUCCUGUACAGUUUGAAAUUAUCAGCGAUCAGUCAGUCAACUUUGGUUUUAGUAAGUUUCCAUGGGUGAACUACGAAGAUAGCAAUCUCAACAUUUCAAUUCCUGUGUUUAGUAUUCAUGGCAAUCAUGAUGAUCCUACGGGGGCAGAUGCACUCUGUGCCCUGGAUAUUUUAAGUUGUGCUGGAUUUGUAAAUCACUUUGGACGUUCAAUGUCUGUGGAGAAGAUAGACAUUAGUCCGGUUUUGCUUCAAAAAGGAAGCACAAAAAUUGCUCUAUAUGGCUUAGGAUCCAUUCCAGAUGAAAGGCUCUAUCGAAUGUUCGUCAACAAAAAAGUGACAAUGUUGAGACCAAAAGAAGAUGGGAACUCUUGGUUUAACUUAUUUGUGAUUCAUCAGAACAGGAGUAAACACGGAAGUACUAACUUCAUUCCAGAACAGUUUUUGGAUGACUUCAUUGAUCUGGUUAUCUGGGGCCAUGAACAUGAGUGUAAAAUAGCUCCAACCAAAAAUGAACAACAGCUCUUUUACGUAUCACAACCUGGAAGCUCAGUGGUCACUUCUCUUUCCCCAGGAGAAGCUGUAAAGAAACACAUUGGUCUGCUGCGUAUUAAAGGAAGGAAGAUGAACAUGCAGAAAAUUCCUCUCCACACAGUGCGGCAGUUUUUCAUGGAGGAUGUUGUUCUGGCUGAUCAUCCAGACAUUUUUAACCCCGAUAAUCCUAAAGUAACCCAAGCCAUACAAAGCUUCUGCUUGGAGAAGAUUGAAGAAAUGCUUGAAAAUGCAGAACGGGAACGUCUGGGAAAUUCUCGACAGCCAGAGAAGCCUCUUAUACGACUGCGAGUGGACUAUAGUGGAGGCUUUGAACCGUUCAGUGUUCUUCGCUUUAGCCAGAAAUUUGUGGACCGGGUAGCUAAUCCAAAAGAUGUUAUCCAUUUUUUCAGGCGUAGAGAACAAAAGGAAGACACGGGAGAAGAGAUCAACUUUGGGAAGUUCAUCACAAAACCUUCAGAAGUAACAACUCUAAGGGUAGAAGACCUUGUGAAACAGUAUUUUCAAACCGCAGAGAAGAACGUGCAGCUCUCACUUCUAACAGAAAGGGGAAUGGGUGAAGCUGUACAAGAAUUUGUGGACAAGGAAGAAAAAGAUGCCAUAGAGGAAUUAGUGAAAUAUCAGUUGGAAAAAACACAGCGAUUUCUUAAAGAACGUCAUACUGAUGCCCUAGAAGAUAAAAUCGAUGAAGAGGUACGUCGUUUCAGAGAAAGCAGACAGAAGAAUGAAGAAGAUGAUGAAGUUCGAGAGGCCAUGAGUAGGGCCAGAGCCCUCAGAUCUCAGUCAGAGGAAGCUGCUUCUGCCUUUAGUGCUGAUGACCUUAUGAGUAUAGAUAGGGCAGAACAGAUGGCUGAUGAUUCUGAUGACAGCAUCACAGCAGCAGCCAACAAAGGAAGAGGCCGAGGAAGAGGCCGGAGAGGAGGAAGAGGGCAGAAUCCAGCGUCAAGAGGAGGAUCUCAGAGAGGAAGAGCAGGCGCUGCUCUGGAGACUUCUACUCGAGGCAGAAGUUCAAAGGCCACUAUGUCAACAUCUAGAAAUAUGUCUAUUAUAGAUGCCUUUAAAGCUGCAAGACAGCAGCCCUCCCAAAAUGUUGCUACUAAGAAUUAUUCAGAGGUGAUUGUGGUAGAUGAGUCAGAUACCGAAGAAGACAUUUUUCCUACCACUUCCAAAGCUGAUCAAAGGUGGUUGAGCACUUCAUCAUCGAGCAAACACAUGUCCCGGAGCCAAAUAGCUAAAGGGGUUGAUUUUGAAUCAGAUGAGGAUGAUGAUGAUGAUCCUUUUAUGAACCUUAGUUCUGUAAGAAGAAACAGAAGAUAA